AUGCAAGCAAGGUUUCGGAAAGGAGUCAGCACGACUGACCACAAGCACACUGUUUCGAAACUCAUAGAGGUAUCACGAGAGUACAAGAUGCCGCUCUGUCUCACCUUCAUCGACUUAAAGAAGGCCUUCGACUCAGUUGAGACGGAAGCGGUCGUGGAAGCCUUGGACAACCAAGGCGUCCCUACUCAGUACAUAAAGGUACUUCGAGAGUUGUACAGUAACUUCACGACCGGAAUUUCGCCAUUCUACAAGAACAUCAUCAUUGAUAUGGAGAAGGGGUCCGACAGGGUGAUACAAUCUGACUAA